CUCGGUUCGCAGUUUACAGAGGACCUGACAGUGCUAGAGUAGGCGGGAAAGAGAAAGGGGAAAAAAAGGAGAGGGAAACGAAACACAAAAGAGAUACAGAACGUUGAGGCAAGAGAGAUUGAAGAGAGAAAGAAAAUGAAGGAUAAAGGGAAGAGAUCGGUUGACGAGAGGUAUGCACAAUGGAAGUCACUGGUUCCUGUCCUCUACGAUUGGCUCGCUAAUCAUAACCUCGUUUGGCCUUCUCUCUCUUGCCGAUGGGGUCCACAGCUGGAGCAGGCAACCUACAAGAAUCGUCAGCGCCUAUACCUUUCUGAACAGACUGAUGGCAGUGUUCCAAAUACUCUUGUAAUUGCAAACUGUGAGGUUGUUAAACCUAGGGUUGCUGCUGCAGAGCAUAUAGCGCAGUUCAAUGAAGAAGCACGCUCUCCUUUUGUAAGGAAGUAUAAAACUAUUAUACAUCCUGGCGAGGUGAACAGAAUCAGGGAAUUGCCUCAGAACAGUAAGAUAGUGGCUACACACACUGAUAGUCCUGAUGUCCUCAUUUGGGAUGUUGAGAGCCAACCUAACCGUCAUGCUGUCAUGGGAGCCACUGAGUCUCAUCCAGAUCUGAUAUUGACUGGGCAUAAAGAUGAUGCUGAAUUUGCUCUUGCUAUGUGCCCUACUGAGUCCUUUGUACUAUCUGGAGGUAAAGACAAGUUAGUGGUGCUAUGGAGUAUUCAUGAUCAUAUCUCAACACUGGCUACUGACCCAGUGCCUUCAAAGUCUCCUGGGUCUGGUGGCUCCAAUGCAAAACAUGCAUCUAAGGUUGGUGCAAGUAAUGAUAAACCUGCGGAGAAGCCUUCUAUUGGGCCACGAGGUACCUAUCAAGGGCAUGAUGAUACUGUUGAAGAUGUUCAAUUCUGCCCAUCAAGUGCGCAGGAGUUCUGUAGUGUAGGAGAUGAUUCUUGUCUUAUACUGUGGGAUGCAAGAACUGGCUCUAGUCCAGUUGUCAAGGUUGAGAAAGCACACAAUGCUGAUCUUCACUGUGUUGAUUGGAAUCCUCAUGAUGUAAACCUCUUUCUCACUGGAUCAGCUGAUAAUACUAUUCACAUGUUUGAUCGCCGAAAGCUCACUUCUGGUGGGUUUGGAUCACCUAUUCAUAAAUUUGCAGGUCACAGUGCUGCUGUCCUGUGUGUACAGUGGUCUCCAGACAAGUCUUCUGUGUUUGGAAGCUCUGCAGAGGAUGGCAUUCUAAAUAUCUGGGAUUAUGAGAAGGUUGGUAAAAAGCAAGAUUCUACUGGAUUGAAAUUGCCAAAUGCUCCUCCAGGAUUAUUUUUCCGACAUGCUGGGCAUAGGGACAAGGUUGUUGACUUCCAUUGGAAUGCUUCAGAUCCGUGGACAAUUGUCAGUGUUUCUGAUGAUUGUGAAAGUACUUCAGGAGGUGGUACUCUACAGAUAUGGCGGAUGAUCGACUUGAUUUACAGGCCGGAGGAGGAGGUCCUUGCAGAACUGGAUAAGUUUAAAUCUCACAUUCUCACAUGUGAUAAAAGCUAGAACUCAUUAGUUUUGCUGAUAACUGGGAUGCUGAACAGUGGGACUCUGUUAGUAGAGUGGUCUCUUUUGGUAAUUCGAGUUGCUCUGAUAUCUACUUCAGAAUUAGAGAGAUGCUUUAACGUUUAAGGUGGCCAAUCAUUGGUGACCAUGACCAUCUUAAAUGCUGCAUGUUCUUUUCCUCUCCUCGGUUUAUUAUCAAGUGCUCGUUUAUGUUAAAAAUGCAA